AUGCGUUGGAUUACUGCAAUUUUAGCUCUUGUUGGAUUGGCUUGUGCACAGCAUGGAGUUCCUGGGCAAUUCAAUCGAAACAGAGCGCAAGUUUGUUCUCCAAAUGGAAUGAAUAUUUCCAUUACCCCUGUUGACGGCGCUGAAUUGCUAGUGGGACAAUACUUUGACGUUUCUAUUGAACUCCAUAACCCCGGAGGAGCUCCAAUUGCCUUCUCAGACGCUGGUGCAACAACUAUCGGCAUCAACAACAUUCUGGGAGUCGAUUCCACCACCGCCAUAUCUGAUAGCUGGAACUUUACCUACUAUGCUGACGGUGUCGCCAAGUACUAUGGCAAGUCUACAACCGUUGGUGUGAACCGUCAAGCUUUCCGCAACGUUGUGUUGAACAAGCCAGGAACGUAUUCGUGGACAAUCAGUGCCAAUGGAAUCGGUUAUACUGGAUCAUGGAUCGUUCGUUCUUACACUGACCGAAAGGCCAAAAAUGUCUUGUUGUUCAUCGGUGACGGAAUGGCUCCCUCCAUGAUCUCUGCUGCUCGUACAGUAGCUCGAAAGAACAACUUUGGCAAAUACGGAAAGAAUGUCCUUGCUAUGGAAUCUCUCGCAGCUAUUGGCAAGAUUGGUCCCAAUGGUUUAGAUUCUAUGAUAACGGACUCUGCAAACUCUGCAUCUGCAUAUGCUUGUGGUCAAAAAGGAUGGGUCAAUGGUCUGAAUGUUUAUGCUGAUACUUCUGCUGCAACAUUGGACGACCCCAAAACCGAGACAAUCACAUCCAUGAUUCGUCGUCUUCGCCCCAAAAUGUGUAUUGGAAUCGUUACCACAUCUGAGGUACAAGAUGCCACACCAGCCGCCUUUUAUUCUCACACUAGGAGAAGAGCCGACAAGAACUACAUUACCGACCAAAUGAUCAAUGGAUGGAACGGUACCAUUCAAGGAUUCAACUUCCCAUGGAGCGGCAAACCAGUCAAAGCCGACGUAUUUAUGGGCGGCGGAGGAGAAUUCUUUUGUCAAAAGACAAACUCUACACCUGGUUGUGCUUCCCUCAACAAUAAAGACUACUAUGCAACUUUUGCCGCUUCUGGAUACACUGUACUCAACAGUGCCGCUGCUUUAGCUGCUUACAAUGGAUCUGGACCUAUCGCUGGUAUCUUUACCAAGAACCACAUGGAAACCUGGUUGGAUCGAAAUGUCUACCCUGCCAAUUUGGCCUUGACUUCCAACUCUCCUGAUGGAUCAGCCACCUCCACUCCAAGUCAGCCCAACUUUGAUACUAUGGUCAUGACUGCUAUCUCGGUCAUGGACAAGAAGUGUACCGAUGGAUGGUUCAUGAUGGCAGAAGCAGCUUCAAUCGACAAGAUGAUGCAUCCAAUGGACUUUGAUCGUGGUUUGUCUGAUCUACUCGAAUUGGACCGCACCAUUGCUCAAGUCGUCGCUUACGACAAGGCUGGCAGCACUGCCAUGAUGGUCACUGCUGACCAUCCUCAAGGAUAUGACAGUUGGGGUACUGUCGAUACUACUCUCUUCAACUCUGCAGACAUAACCGAUGGAGGCAAUUCGACAUACUUUAUUCAAAAGCGUCGAGCCAUUGGAGACUAUGAUACUGCUGGCUGGCCAAACUUGGUAGUUGAUGCCAACGGGCUCCCAUCUCAGUGGCAACAACCAUAUGUAUUGGCUCACGGCAAAGUCGACGGCCCACAACACUCUGAGAACUACCAAGUUGUGCUUGUCCCUGACAACACAACCAACCCACUAUCUCGUAACCCGGCAAUUGUUGAUACUAAUCUUACUGCCAUUUGGGGUGAAACUAUCGCUAAUGCAAACCCCAAUGAUCCUGCCGCUGCUGGUGGUCUUCCAUUCAACGCAAAUCUACCUGUUGCAGAAGUAACCACUGUCCACACAUACCAGAAUGUGGAUUUGUACUGUCAUGGACCUUCGAGCUGGGUUGAGUCGUGCUCUGCUGUCAAUGACAACACUGAAGUGUUCUUCAUGAUUGCCAAUGCUCUAGGCUUGAAUGGAGAUGGAACUCUACCAACCUCUUUCUAG